AGUGCUGCAAGAAAUCAGGAAAGGAGGGACACGUAUGUAUCAUGGAUGCACCUGAGCAGAAGUAGAGCCAAUAUUUUCAGUUCAGGUUGCUCAUUUGAUCUGUUACCGGAGUGUAAAGGAGUUUAUUGGGUCACAGCUCAGAUGGAUACGGAGUCAGACGGGGUGUAUUUGGCCACAGAGAGGUACGGUAGUGCACAGUCCUGGAGUUAUUUUAGUAAAGAUGGGCUGAUGCACAGGAGACCACACCGAGGACAAGAAGAAGCAAAAGAAAACACCAUCAUUGGAGUUUUUAAAAGUGUGUUUCUACCUCAAGGAUACCCAGAGAGCGUCAGUGGGGAUUACCUGCACUACCAGUUCUGGGAUACUGUACAGGCCUUCUCCAGCUCUUUGUCGGGGACUUUGGCCACUCAGGCGUCUCUUAAAGGAGUCGGCGUCGGAAACCAAGAAGCCACCGUCGCUGCUGCCACGGUCACCUGGUUAUUAAAAGAUGGAACUGGGAUGUUGGGCCGAAUCCUCUUCGCUUGGCAGAAAGGGACUAAACUGGACUCUGAGGCCAAAAAAUGGAGACUGUUUGCAGACGUUCUCAAUGAUAUCGCCAUGUUCAUGGAAAUUUUGGCUCCGUUCUUUCCUGCUUUCUUCACCUUGAUUGUGUGCACUGCAGGGGUAUUCAAGUCCAUCGUGGGCGUGGCCGGCGGAGCGACCAGAGCUGCUCUCACCGUUCAUCAGGCUCGUAGAGACAACAUGGCCGACAUCUCGGCUAAAGACGGCAGUCAGGAGACGCUGGUGAAUCUGGCCGGACUUCUGCUCAGUUUGAUCCUCAUUCCUCUGGUCACUGAUAACCCAGUACUCACUCUCAGCCUCUUCUUCCUCUUCACCGCGCUUCACCUUUUUGCCAAUUACAAAGCCGUACGUUCGGUUGUCAUGGAAACCUUCAACGAGGCUCGGCUUUCCAUCGUGUUUCAGCAUUUCCUGAGAGACGGGCAGAUUUUGAGUCCCAUAGAGGCCAAUCAGAGAGAACCAGUUUUUAUGGAUUUUAGGAAAACUGUGCCAAUCAGACUUGGGGUGAGGCUGCAGGAGGUUGUACAGAGCCCAGAGGACCUUAAUAUGGCUCUGACCAAAAACAAAAUGCCAUAUCUACUAGGAGUGAAAAACGGCUGCGUUUGUGUUUGUUUGGGACCAGAGGCUUCGGUAAAAGAUGAAAUCAGAGCGAUGUGUCUGGCUGUGAGACUCAGCAGCAUGUUGAUGUCAAAAGCCUCCAGUGAACGGCAACAAAGUCACUGGGACCUGGUGCAUGACAGUCAUGAGUUGAUGGACAGUAUGUUUGAUUCAUUUUUAAAAGCUGUGGAAGCAGCAGGAUGGGACACAAAACGAACCCUGUUGGACUGGGAUGAGUGGAGGGUCGAGUGGAAAAGCAAAAUCAACUGAGCUGAAUCCAUUUCACACUUUAAUAAAGGCUGAUAUUUGUAUGUGUUUUUGUAUUUGUGUGAUUUGGUUUUAUAUUCAGAUAAAAUAAAACACAUUUUUUUAAAGGGA